CCGCAAGCUAGUACUACAGGUCGUACUAUAUGAUAUAAGAAUGUUGAUUCCAUGUUGAUAGAAGUAAAAAAGUAGUCUUCCUCAAAAUAACAAAAACCGCGAAAAUCUCUCUGAAAACCGGGUAGUGAGGUGGAAAUCUCCUACAAAAGUUAGUAAAAAUUUGGUCUUUUUUAAAAAAUUCAUAUAUAUUCUGAAAGAGGAAACUUCGCUGCAUCUUCCUUUGAUAAAAACUCGACUUCGAUUACUUUACCAAAAAAUGGAUUUUCUGAGUGGGGGCCCUUAAGUAAAGAAGUUGAUAAAUAAAACAAAUGAAUUAAUAAAUACAAGCGAUUCGUUUCACGAAAUAACUUUUUUUCAUAGGAUAAAACUUGAUUUUUAUGUACGUAUAUGAAAAAAAGGUAAAGUUGGAUAUAUUACAGUUGUUUAAUGGACUUCAGUUUAUAUGUAGGUGGAUUGUGAGCGAGUGGUUCCGGAAUGUGAAUCUCCGGACUACUUACACUCCACACACAAUUUUCGUUUAAAUUAAUCGAUUUUAAUAGGUUGUUGAUUUUGAAUUAGUUAAAUUAGAUUUUUCAAAAUGGAUUUUAAUCGAUUUCAAUUCAACAGCUGAUUGA